UACAGUAGCGAGCCGCGCCGCGCCAAGUACGCACGCGCGCUUCCCUCCUCGGCCCGGAAGAAGGGUCAUUGGCUACGGCUGCUGCGUGGGUCCUUUUCCCGCUCGAUGUUAAAUGGGAGGCUGCUCCCUGCUCGUGGUUACACGCCGCUGUCGUCGGUUGUCCCGCGCUCGCGGUGACGGAGAGAGGGGGGGACGACGACGAGCGUUUCCAGGGCAACGGCCCGUUGCCGCUUCGCUCCUCUCCGGCGAGGAAGCGCCCGGGGCCUAGCGGAGUUCGCGGGAGGGGGUCGCCUCAGAAACCCCCGCGCCUCUCUCGGGAGCUGAGACCCGGGGGGUGGCGAGGGGGUAGAGAAGGGCGCCUGGGCUGGACCCCUCCGCUCUCGCGCUUUUUCCGGCUGCAGAGUAACCGCCUCCUCUGCCUUCCACCUCGAAGGGCCCUACAUUUCGACUCCCGCCUUAAAAGGUCGCUUACUUGUGCUGCUAGGUGCGGCUCCCGCCGCCUCCACCUCAGUGCUGGACCUGACAGUGCUGAGCCUGCAAAGCACCUGCCCCAAGAGACAGGCAGCGCCCUAUAUUUAUAGGUUAUUUUGGGGCCUGUGGUUUCCCUUAUACCUGCAAUAAAAUUUGGUCCUUUGGAGCACCCCAUAGCUUCCCUGCCAUCUCCCCUUUGUUUCUGCCAUGGAGCCAGUCAAGAGGCCCAGUGAUGACAGCCUCGUCGUCCCCGGGACGCCAGAAAACAAGCUUCCCAGGGGACCCAACCCUAAGGACAGUCCCCCGAACCCGUCCCUCAUGAAAGCCUUGGAGGCGGUUUUAAUUGCUGGCCGGCGUGGCUUGCUUGGCCCAGAAGCCAUGGCAGCAGCGGGAGGCACCUCGGAAUUGAAUCCGGGAGGCAGCAACGGAGUGGCCCCUCCGGCAGUAGACCCUCCGGGAGGCCUGAAUCCUAUUCCCCGCUUGGCAGGAGGGGGGAAGAAGAAGAAGGCUGUCAAUGAGAUGCGUACGUCUGUGAUAACUGCCGUGCAACAGGUGACGGGUGCUGGAAGACAGCAACCUCCCCCAAAGGAAAUCUGGAUAUGUGGCAAUUCUGUGAUCUUGGCAUCAAAGAAGAGAGCUAAAAGUCUACCACAUGGAUUGCAGUUGGGCAUCUCUGUUUCAAGGGCAUAUGUGUAUUGGCAUGGGAUACAGGCAAUGAAAUGGGAACAGCUCAUGCCUCUUCUGCAUGAAAUUUAUCAUCUCCGUUCUUCUCCAUCCCUUAUAAUAAUUCAUAUUGGAGAAGAUGAUCUUCCCAAUGAUAACUUGUCUCUCAUUAUAUCCAUGAAAAAUGACUUGGGCAUUCUUAAAAGAGCAUUCCCAAAUGCUACCAUAGUUUGGUCUUCACUGUUGCCAAGACGUGCUUGCAAGAUGGACCAAAAUCCUGAACAGAUGGCGAAAGCUCAAAAGCAUGUUAACAAGAAAAUGGUAGGCUUUUGUAAUGAAAUUGGUGUACACUUUCUGUCGCAUAACUUGAUUACGUCUGAUAAAGCAAACCUGUUCUUGCCUGAUGUCAAUGACCUAUCUGAUGCAGGAGCUGAUUUAUUCUUGGCAGACCUGAAGAAAGUCCUGCGGUUCUAUCAGGUUUUGGGAUAGUUGGGAAGAUGCUAGUAAUAUGUGUUGGUUUUGUCAGAAAGAAUGGGUUUGUUGCUGCUUGACCAUCAUAUAGUGUCUUACAAAUUGCACACUUGGAUGAAUACGAGUGGAUAUGGGCUUCCUGUUCCUAGGUAGCUUUGAACUGCAUUUUACAUAUAUAGAUGACACAGGUUGAUAGAUAUGUUCCUCUGACUAAUCUCUGCAACGAUAGGACUGUCUAAUAACAGAUGAAAGAAACUGUUCCCUUUUAACAUGAAGAUUUUCAAUGUAUACACUCAUUGUUAAUGAAACUGUACAUUUUGAUUUCUUUAAGGGAAACUUGUAAGAUGGUAUAAUGAAAAAUGUUGUGGACCAGGUAUCUGCUUACUACUCUGUCUUCAAGGCAUUAUUCAGAGAGGCACAUGUAUGUAACUA